UUUUUUUUUUUUUUUAAUACCAGGAAGAAAGUAAUUCGUGACAAUUUUCGAUCUUUUAACCCUUAGGUGCUCAAAGUCAACUACUUCAUUUACAGUAAUAUCCUUCAUCUGUCUUUAUAUCCAAUUGUAUCUGAUAUUUCAUUGCACUGAACUUUAGCGUUAGUAUGUCUGCAGUAUUUAAGAUUCAGGGUGUUCUGAAGAACUACGAUUGGGGAAAAAUUGGUCUUAACAGUUUUGCUUGUAAAUUGUAUAAAUCUGCAUUCAGUGAUUUCAAAGUGAAUGAUGUAGCUCCUUAUGCAGAACUGUGGUUAGGCACUCAUCCUUCCGGCCCUUCUGUUAUUCCAUCUCUGGGAGGAAUGACACUUAUGGAUUGGAUAUCAGAUCAUCCAGAAUGCCUUGGACAGAAUAUCACAAACUUGUUCGAUAAAACGAAGGGUCUGCCCUUCCUUUUUAAAGUUCUUUCUGUGAAUAAAUCGCUGUCUAUUCAAGCACAUCCAGAUAAGCAAACUGCUGUAAAACUUUUUAAACAAAAUCCUGAUUGUUAUCCUGAUGAUAAUCAUAAACCUGAAAUGGCUAUUGCUUUGACAGAUUUUGAGGCUCUGUGUGGUUUUCGGCCUAUCAGUGAAAUUAUGAUAUUCUUGAAAGAAAUUCCUGAAAUACAGAAAGUUGUAGGAAAAGAAAUAAUUAGUGAAUUUUUAAAAACUGAAAAUCGUGAUACGUUUAAGAGUCUAUUUCGUGCUCUAAUGACUUGUCCAGCAGAGAUAUAUCAACCUUUAUUGUCUGAAGUUGUACAGAAUUUUAAAUUGGAUAAAUAUCAUGGUGACCUAUGCAAAUCAGUUUCUAAUUUAUUUCUGAGAGUUUCUGAUGAAUAUCCGGGUGACAUUGGUUUAUUUUGCAUAUUUUUUCUUAAUUAUUUAAAAUUAAAAUGUGGCGAAGCUGUAUUUCUUGCUGCAAAUGAACCACAUGCUUAUCUCUAUGGUGACUGUAUUGAAUGCAUGGCAUGUUCUGACAAUGUUGUAAGAGCUGGUUUAACUCCUAAAUUUAGAGAUGUUUAUACAUUAUGUGACAUAUUAACUUACAACUGUAAGCCAGGAAAUGAAAACAUAUUUCAGUCAACUGUUAAUUCUAAUGAUCCACUAGUGAAAACAUAUAACCCUCCGGUAGAAGAAUUUACCAUUGAUAAAAUAUCAUUGUCAUCAGAUUAUAAAGCUUAUGCGUUAAAAGUUCUUGCAUCUGCUUCUAUAUUGUUGGUAGUAUCUGGUGAAGCUACUUAUAAGCAUAAAAGUGAAGAACAAUUAUUACAUCCUGGAACAGCUUUAUUUAUUUCUUCUCAAGCGGAAAUUUAUUUAAAUCCAAUAUCUGAACUUCUCAUUUUCAGAGCUUAUUGUUGCAAUUAAAUAUUAAUCAGUUUAGUGUUGUUUCAAUCUUUAUGAAUUAAAGAUUUAUGAAUUGUGCAAGUUAUAGUGUUUUCGUUUUUAUUUAAAAUGGACUAAAAGUUAGUAUAAUUAUUUGUAGCAAUCUUCUAUUUCUGUAGCCUUUAUUCUGAACUAUAAUGGUGUCUUUUUGGUAGCAAUUUUAUUUACCUCUUAUGUUUUUUUAUAUAACUAUGUAGAAUCAUGGCAUAAAAACUAUGGCAAUAUCUAAUGUAAUAUUUUAAAUGUUUGCUUAUGUGUGCUAUACACAAGAUAUGGAAUCUUCUUUGUAACCCUUAGAUUUCACCAUUUUAAAAAAUAUAUAUAUAUAAUUUAAAUAAUGUACAUAAUUUUUUUAAGAAAAAAUUAUAAUUUUUAUUUAUUAUUAAAAAUAAUAUAGGAAUAAAAAUAUGUAAUAUCUUUUUAGUCGGAAUGUUUUUUUCAUUUAACUACAAAGAAGGCAAAUACUUUCGAUUCAUAAUAUUUAACAUUCUCAAAUUUCAUGAUUUAUCACUACAACAAUAGUCCAUAUAAUUUGUAGAAAGCUUUUUACCCUGUUCAUUCAUAUAUUUAAUUAAAAUUUAAAUUAAUUAGUAAAAUAUCGCAGGUUUAGAUCAAUAAAUGAAAUUGAAGCAGUAAAAUAUUUUUAAAAAAUGUGAAUUUUUUGUUUUCCAUUGGAAUUCUUUAAAAUUCUUCGUUUAAAAAAGAAGUUAUUGGACAACUGUGAUUGUAUGUUGCAUAAAACAAAAAGGCUUAGUAAUGUAUAUAAUGUUGUACUAUUGCCUGAAUAGGAAACAAGAGGAAGCAUACAAAAGUGGCUUGAGUGACAGAUGAAAAGUGCUGCUAUGUUUGGAUUAAAGAUUUUUUAUGAGGCAGUGACUGAUGAAGUGAUGACAAUUAUAAUGAAGAGCUUCAAGAAAAUAGACUAUCUAAUGCUCUUAAUGGUUCUGGAAAUCACUGCAUGAGAGCAAGUACAGUGGUUUGGAUUGGCGCAUAGAAUACAGCAAAGCCUCGAGGGCUAUCUGCCUAAGGAUAGGGAUGCCAUCAAGGAGGACUUUCUAAGGGAAACUGGCUCACAUGGGGAACAACACAAAAAUGACCAUGCAGGUAGCCAGUGUUUAGCAACUUUACCAUUAGGCCACUAGUGUGCUAGCAGGUACAUUGAAUGGUGAUGACUUGCAAGCUGUAGCAGAUGACACAAACAAAAAUUCCAGCAGCACUGAAUGAUAGAAGGCCUGAGGAAUAGCCAUGGAAAAUAAGAGUGAGAAUUAAAGUACAGUGAAGUAGAAAGCAAAAUAUCUUAUUAGCUAUUGUAAUGUUAACAUUACUAUGUAUUCUCAUCAGAAUGUUGAUCUGAUCUACAUAAAUAAUAUUUUGAUAGUUUAUCCAUCAAUACUUUUAAAUUCAUUAUGUUCUGACUGCAAAUACAUCCUUCAGAAAUUAAAUUAUUUGGGUAAUUUUCCCUACUUGAUUUUCAUAUGAAAUUUGUAGAAAAAAAGGGGGAAAUACUCAUGAAAUACUGUAUUUUAAGUUUGUAACCCAGAUUUCUAUUUUUUUAUCUGUAUUACGUUAUCUGUAAUAAAUUCUUUAAAAAUUU